AUGCUUUUAAAAAGUAUAAACAAUGAUCAAUGUUCAUUUUUUGACGAUAAAGACAAAUUCAUCAAUGCAAUUCAAACAUCCGAUACUCAACAGUUAAAAACUCUCUUAAUUCUAUCCGGUCAAUUUGCUAAAGACAUUUUAAACAAAACCGUUUCAUCUUCAUUUCAACAUAUCGAUGAAAGACUUCCAUCUGUGAUUAUCUUUUGUCAAGAUUAUAAUAAAUACAAAUUACUUGCGGAUACCAAUCGAUGGUUUAAUGUAGUUGAUGUUUGUACUGAUCAUGAAAGUUUAAAACAAAGUAUUCUUCGUGUUCUUCCAUCUUUACGAUUUAAUCUUUUUCCAGCUCAGAAGUUGAUCUCAACGAGAAUGUUAACGUCAUCUCCAAUGACAAUUGAGGAUAAUUCUUAUUUCUCCUAUCCGUUGUUUGUCGAUCUUCUCUCUGCAAAACGAUCAAAGAAAAAGAUCAAAAAUCAUGAAAUGGAAAUACAGAUUAUGAUUAACAAAUGUCGUGACUUUUAUCGUGGAAAUCGAAGUGAAUUACAACGUAUUGAAGAAUUUCAACGAACUUACACUCCGUCGAAAGCAAUUGAAUGGUAUACUCGAGAUAGUUUUGUCUAUCGAUUGAUUAAUCGAGCAUUUCGUACUGAAGAUAUGUCUUUAUGGUAUUUAUUUCGUUUUUAUUGUCUCGAUCUUUCAAAUGAAUUGAAAAAAUUACAAGAAAAACAAAAUAUUUCCGAACGUUUUCUCGUCUAUCGUGGCCAAUCUCAUUUACCUGUUAGUGAACUUUCGAAAAUAAGAGAUAAUAAAGGUGGAUUAAUUUCCACGAAUGGAUUUCUUUCGACGUCGAAAUUAAUCAACGUUGCACUCAAUUUCAUCAUAUCUGCAGAAAAUACCGAAGAAUUCCGAGUUGUUCUUUUCGAAAUCGAAGUCGAACCAUUUAGUCGAAAUAGUUGUAUCUUUGCUGAUAUUCACGAUUAUUCAAAACAUGGAGAACAUGAAAUUCUGUUCAAUAUUGGUUCAACAUUCGAAAUUAUCAAUGUAAAAGAUGAAAUAAAUACUUCUCCAUUUGAUGAGAAGAAGAAUUCAUUAACACGUAUCAGAAUGAGAACAACAAAUACAAAAAUAGAUGAAACUCAUAAAUGUUUUGAUCCAACAAAAUUACGAAAUGAAAAUAUUGAAAUCUAUUUUGGUCGUUUAUUAAUCGAUUUAAAUCAACAUGACAAAGCGGAAUCGUAUUUUCAAAUGAUGUCACAUAUUUUACCAAAAAAUCACAAAUACAUCGCUUCUGUUCACGAUCAUCUCGGUCAUCUUCAUUUACAAACAACCAAUUGGCGUGCUGCAUAUAUUUGUCUCAAUUUUGCUCGAAAUCUCAAACAAAAAAGUCAUCCUAUUACACAUCCUGUUUUUGAAACGACUUUCAACGGACUUGCCAAUUAUUACAAAGCGAUUCAAAAUUAUCCCAAAGCACUUAGCUAUUAUGAAAAAGCAUUGAAAUGUCAUGGAAUUCAUCCAAUCAGUAUUGCAACUAUCAAAUUAAAUCAAGCUUCUAUUCACAUUCUUAUGGAAAAUUAUAAAACUGCACUUAAAUUACGUUGUCAAGCGUUCGAGAUUCUCAUCAAAACUCAAUCAACACCGGAAUCAGCGAUUUUACAUUACAAAGGAAUUGCGGGUGAUUUGCAUUUGGCUCAACAAGAAUAUUCAGCGGCAACUCAAUUUUAUAAAGAAGCAUUGGAAUCAAGUAAAAAAACAUUAUUAAUUGGUGAUCUACGUCGAGUACAUUCAACUUUAGCUUUAAUUGAAUGUUAUCGUCGACAAAUGGAUAUCAACAAAGCGGAAUCGAUGUGUAACGAACAAAUUAUGAUCUAUGAAACUCAUUUGACUCGUGAUUAUUCAAGUGUUGCAUAUUUUAAAAUAAAACAAGGCGAACUUUAUGAUGAUGAUCAAAAUAAGAUUUCAUUACGAUUGAAACUUUAUGAAGAAGCAUUGAAUAUACUUCAAAAAAAUACUCAUUUACAUUAUGAAAAAACAAUUCAAUGUCUCAUACUUGUUGCUGUUCAUCUUAUGAAUUAUCAAUGUGAAUAUGAAAUAGCUGCAGAUCGUUUAAAAUCUGCAUUAUAUUUACAAGAGAAAAUUUAUCCAAAAUCUCAUUCAAUUAUUCAAAAAACAAAGAAUCUUAUUGAUCAAUGUAAUAAUAUGAUUUAUCCAGUAGAGACCAAUGAAACAUCUCCAUAG